GGAGUUAUGUUCAUGCGAGAGAGUUGCUAAAACCCUCCCUGCCCCUGCACUCGAAGAGUCUAGACCCUUUUUUAUCCCUCUCUGAAAGUCAUGGGUUUCUUCGACCUGAAUAUACCGUACCUCGAAGCCUCCCCGUCGACCGAUAAGACGCCGUUCAAAGCCGCGCGCACGAAGCUCGUGAUAAAGGCCAUGGAGCUAGGCUACACCGGCAUCGCCUACAACAAUACGAUCAAGGGCGUCAUGUCCGACCACGACCGUUGCGCCGUCUCUCUCCUCACUCUCUCCUCUCUCCUCAAGCUCGUGCCCUCCCUCGCCUCCUCCGUCAAUCUCCAUCGCGAUCUCCUCGGCAUCCCACGCGCAUCCCCCUUUCGCCAAUAUACGCGCCUUACUGUGUGCGUAGAAAGCCCCCCUCAGGCCCAGGCCCUCAACUCGGGUAACCCUAUCUUAAAGACUUACGACUUGGUCGCUGUGAGGCCCUUGAACCAGGUCGUCUUCGACCAGGCCUGUGAGAAAUCGGAGGUAGAUAUAAUAGCAAUUGAUUUCUCAGAGAAGCUUCCUUUCCGAUUGAAGCUGCCUAUGGUUAAAGCCGCCAUUGAGCGUGGAGUUUAUUUUGAGAUCACGUAUUCCAAUCUUAUUGCGGAUGUCCAAUCAAGGAGGCAAAUGAUAUCCAAUGCAAAGUUACUGGUGGACUGGACUCGAGGAAAAAAUCUCAUUUUCUCAAGUGCUGCCCCUUCUGUGAAUGAACUUAGAGGGCCAUAUGAUGUUGCAAACUUAUCGUCAUUGCUUGGGCUCUCUAUGGAACGAGCUAAAGCAGCUAUUUCCAAAAAUUGUAGGACUCUCAUAGCUAAUGCUUUAAGGAGAAAACAUUUUUACAAGGACGCAAUCAGAGUUGAAGUACUAUCAUCAGAUGGACAAUUAGACUGCAACAAACCUUUGUCUGGUGAUUGGUUUAAAUGGGAUCCCAUCUCUAGUGGUGAAGGUGAUUUGCUAUUAGAGAACAUGGCAAAGUCUUUUCCUGCCUCCAAUAAAGUAUCAAAAACUGUGAAAGCCAUUGAUUUUGCUUCGAUUAUUAAUGGCAUGACAUCUCAUGGCUUUCAAGUCAACGCUUUGACAUCUCAAACUGAGGGUGUGCCCCAACCACCAGAUAAUGGAAAUAACAUUUUGCCUGCUGCUGGACUAGUUGAGGUAGCUGCCGCAGCCAGUGGACAGAUUGAACAGCUUGAUAGACUUGAUCUUUUAACAGAACCAGAUCCAACUUCAUCAUAUGAUUCUCCAUUAAUACAUCAAACCCCUGUCUGUGAAGAUUCUCAAAAUUUAUUUUCACCCAAUGAUACUUCAACAGGUCUCACUAACUCUGAGGAAAUCAGAAUUCCUACAACCGCCUCCAAAGAAGAAAAAGAGAAUCUAAAUGGUUCAGAUGUGAAUCUUUCUUUGAAUGUAGUGGAAAAAUAUGAUUUUCAACUACAAAAAUCUUUCUCUAGCUGUGAAUCUCAUAUUGUUCCACCAAAUGAAAAUGUAAUAUUUCAUGCAUUGAGUAGGGACUUGGAGUUAGCUGCUCCUUGUGAUGCCGGUGCUAAAGUAGAGCUUGCGACAGUGUUUGAGGAUAUUGUUCUUCCUGCUUCUAAAAAUGAAGAGUCUCAAAGUACAAAAAACUCUGAUGGAGUCUUGGAUUUUGUAAUGGAUGGAGAGAGAAUGGAGGUGGACAUGAAAAAUAAAGAAAGAACACCUUUGGACCCAAAUGAUGGGUCUUUUAUGGAGACAAAACAAUUUAUAGAACCCAUGAAUGGUGCGGGUGCACUCACUGAUUGCCUUCCAAUUUCAGAUUCUUAUCCGGAGAUGACAAUUAUAGGUGAUUCUUCUAUUGCAAAGCAUGAGUCAACAGAGGUGACAAUGGAAGAGAAAAGGCAUGGAGAAUCUGAUACUGAAGCUAAUCAAACCUUGGUUCAAUCUAUAUCAGGCAGAUCAAGACCAAGAUCGAGGACUUCUCAUGGAGCAAUGUUAUUUCCUUUGAAUCGUUUGUUGAUUACUACAGCUUUCAAGAGGAAACCAAGAAGAUGAAAAUGUGGGUUAAGUUGCGAUAACUGUGCAAUAAUUUUUUGCCCUAAGUAUUUAUUUUGGUGGGCUUAUAUUUAGGCUAGUUGAGUGUUGUUUAAUACCCCAUUUUUCUGGUAGUAUCAUUUGCUGCCGUUCAAGUUGAAUGGUGGUAAAAUUUUGGCUGA